UGUCUGGCAAAGAAAGCAAGCCACUCUUUCCUUCUCUAUGGUUCUGACUCCCUAUUUCUGUUUGUGAUUGGUACAUAGAGAGUCAAGCUUUUGGCGGCAGUAGCUAAAUUAUCGCUUCUUAGGUUAGUACACUGGCAUAACCUCGAUUCACCUCAUUUGCUGAUUUUAAAUAAAGGACCAUAAGAACUUGAAAUGCAUACUGGGUGUCGCCCAGCAGUGAAGCUCCACUGCCAAGGCGGGAAAAAAAAAAAAGCGCCCUUUCUCCUGCUGCUGCUUGCUCUCGGAGGUGCCAGACUGUCAUCUGCUGAUGGAUCGUCUGGCCCCAGGGCCUUGACAGUUAAUGAUUUGCCGCAGAACGAGUCCGCCCAGCAGAGGUGAGAGAGGGACGCCGGCGAGAGCGAGAGCGCGGACCCACUGGCCCAGCCAAGCCCCCACCGGCCGCACAAGCGCCGCCUCCCUUCUUCCGGGACCCUGCACUUCUAGGGGUUCCGGGCGCCGGAGACCGCGGGGCUCCCAUGGAGGCCGCCUCGCCGGCGGGACCUAGCGGCCGGCAGCCGCACGCGCCGGGCUCGGCCAGCCUGCUGCUCUUGAUCAAGGGCAAACUCUUCACCUGGAAUAUUUUGAAAACAAUUGCCUUAGGUCAGAUGUUAUCCUUGUGUAUAUGUGGGACAGCCAUCACCAGCCAGUAUUUGGCAGAAAGAUAUAAAGUGAAUACCCCCAUGCUUCAGAGCUUUAUCAACUAUUGCUUGCUGUUUCUAAUUUAUACAGUGAUGCUGGCAUUUCAAUCAGGUAGUGAUAAUCUUUUAUGCAUCUUGAAAAAGAAAUGGUGGAAGUACAUCCUGCUUGGACUAGCAGAUGUAGAAGCUAAUUACCUGAUUGUCAGAGCAUACCAGUACACAACUCUAACCAGUGUCCAGCUUUUGGAUUGCUUUGGGAUUCCUGUGUUGAUGGCUCUUUCGUGGUUUAUUCUUUAUGCAAGAUACAGAGUGAUCCACUUCAUUGCUGUGGCUGUCUGUCUGUUGGGUGUAGGAACUAUGGUUGGUGCAGACAUAUUAGCAGGGAGGGAAGACAAUACAGGUAAUAAUGUACUGAUUGGUGACAUCUUGGUCCUUCUUGGAGCUUCCCUCUAUGCUGUUUCUAAUGUGUGUGAAGAAUACAUCGUGAAGAAGCUGAGCAGAAAGGAGUUUUUAGGAAUGGUGGGCUUAUUUGGAACAAUUAUCAGUGGCAUACAGCUAUUGAUUGUGGAAUAUAAGGAUAUUGCCAGCAUUCACUGGGACUGGAAAAUUGCCCUGCUAUUUGUAGCGUUUGCCCUCUGUAUGUUUUGCCUGUAUAGCUUCAUGCCACUGGUGAUCAAAGUCACCAGUGCGACUUCUGUCAACCUGGGCAUCCUGACAGCUGACCUCUACAGUCUUUUCUUCGGACUCUUUCUGUUUGGCUAUAAGUUUUCAGGACUCUACAUCCUGUCCUUCAUCGUCAUCAUGGUGGGGUUCAUCCUGUACUGCUCCACCCCGACGCGCACGGCAGAGCCAGCUGAAAGCAGUGUACCACCAGUCACCAGCAUUGGAAUUGACAACCUGGGACUGAAGCUUGAGGAGAACCUGCAGGAGACCCACUCUGCAGUCUUGUAGCUGGAGAAGAAGGCAUACACGUCCCCCUGAGGUUUCCUGGGAAGCUGGGAACUGUCACCUGGAUAAAGCAGAGCCUACGGCUUUGGGACACUUGAAAACUUAUCAGAGUGAACACUCCAUAGCAUUGGGUUUGAUCCAGUUGGAUUUUAAAAGGAAUAUUAAAGUCAUGUAUCAAAAGUGGAAAUGCCAAAAUAGAGCAGAAGCCGAGGCUAGGAUUAUGUUUCUGUAUGUUUCAGGCCUAGUACCUGUUAGUGUCAGGGAGACAAGGUAUGGGGCGCGUCCUGGGCUGUUAGAAGCACAGGUGGGAAAGCAGGAUUGGGCAGAUACUUGGGUGUGAGCCAGACUCAGGCUGUCCUGGAUGGGCUAGGUAGUCAGGAGGAGGGGCAGCCCAGGUGGUUGGGAGUAGGUUUUCUCAUUUGGAGGCAUCUUGAGUUUUGUCUUGCUGAGCCAAUUAUUGUCCACAAGACUUGUGGCCUUUUAGGAAAGGGAAAAAUGGGUGGGGCAGCACUUGAGAAAUCCUGAGAUACAACUGUGAGUACCAUAGAAGCCGUCAAGCAGAGUACAGUAAACCUAGGAACCUUUUCCCGAUUGUUACUAUGCUACUUCUUAGCAAAUAAUGUGCCAUGCGAUUUUUAUGAUACCUCUUCAAUACAGAGUGUUAAUAUGCAGCGUCAUUAUGAUAUCGACUGCCAGAAUACUACUUUGUAAAAACUCUGUAUGUGAACUUUUUGGGGUGAAAAAUAUAAUAAUGAAACUGAGGGUAAAUUCGUAUUAUUAAAAGAUUUUGAUUUCAUGGAAAUAUA